UGAUGUCUCUACCGGCUUCUGACCAAAGACAUGGGCACCACACCCUAGACUGUCCAAGCCGACACAUCAAAUGUAACCCUCAUGGAUGAUGUCGCCUCAAAGACACGACCAUGGUAAGCUUAUUGUCACGUGCUGGAGGGAAGACAGUCUAUAGAGUUGGAAUAAUGAAGAGAACGCAUCCUUGGUCCUCAGGCACCCUUGUCCUCGAGGCCAGAGUGACUCAGGAUUACAGCAUGGAGUGUCAGAGGUGGGGGGCAGGCCCCCCCCAUUGUGAGGUCCAGAUGGAAUACUCAACUCAGACUGGUCCCAGUCCUAGGUGGUCUCCUCUUCCUCAUCUUUCCUGUCUACCAGAGUCUGCCCACUGGAAUCUGGUCUGAAACUGGACUUUACCCUCCUCUUCCUGACCCAUGGAGAGGUCGAGAGAACGUGACCACAGAGCCAGUGGAGAUCCUGAGGAUCAGCUUCCAUUGGCUCCCAAGAUCAGGCCCACGGAGUUCUCCAUAGACAGCACUAAGAGAAGAAAGUGCCAAGGACUCAGUCUCUUGAAACCAGUCGAGGAAGACGGUCUCGGGUUCUUGUUUGGAAGUCCUAUCAGAGGAGUGCGGCUACUUGUAUAUCUUUGACUGAAAACGGUUCUCCUCUGGGAGAACGUUGUCUUCAACCAAGUGGACAGCUUCCAGAGGCACACACAGGGAGCAGUGAGGGAGGAAUGAGAUGCUCACCUACCCAGCCAGAUCGGCCACGUCAACCCUGGCGAUCCUGGAGUAACAGAGGGUACUGUCGGGUCACCGUCACAUCUCAUUUCACACUCUUGAAAGAAACGUGGGAGCAGAAACCUAGGUGCAAAAGGACCAUGAAGGAUGGGAGAAGGGGACCCGUGUCAGGAAUGGAAACGCCCGAGCUAUGGGGAGCCUGGUACUUGGAUACAGGACACCCUGGAUCAAUAGCCGGGGAAGGAAUGGAGCACUUGUGGCCAGAAGAAAGUAUGGGCCAAUGUCCCAGCAUCCAAGACAUGAGUUUCCUCAGGAGAUAGAUGACAGAUGAAACCCAGUCAUGCCCUAUAUCAAAAGGAAGGGCACCCUGCCCAGGAAGGCAGAACAAAAAGUAUUCAUCAACAGUCAACAAAUGCCUGUACCAGGCUGCACCCCUUGUGGUAGUCUGAGAACUCCAGGGAGGUACAACACCCACACUGUCUAUUCAACGGAAAGCAUUGAGGGGCUAAUCUCACAGAUGCAAGAUAAGUGAUGUGACCUCGAACCCAUCUGCCGGGGAAGUCCAGAGGCAGCAAUUAGCUAGCAGAGUAAAGAAACUUUGCAAAAGAGGCAAACUUGAAAUCAAAAUUGGCCAGACCUUGUCAGGACAUUUCAGGCUGAGGUAAGGCAAGGCACAGGCCUGGAGGUACAGAGAGCUGAAACCUGUUAGAGCAGAGGGCAAGGAGGAGGGCGCAGUCUCUGACCUCACAAUACCCAGGGCCCACUAGGCUAGCCUUGCAGACUCCGGUGCCCUUUUCCAGCCCGGGCAAGGCCCGGGGCCCUGGGCAGCCUCCAGGUGCAGUGCCCUCCCUUGGGCCGCACCCUCUCCACUGCCCUGGGGCAUGUCUCUACUUACAAAUUAUGAGGGGCUUCGGCAUCAGAUAGAGAGGUUGGUGCGGGAAAACGAGGAACUGAAGAAGCUGGUACGGCUCAUUCGGGAGAAUCACGAGCUCAAGUCUGCGAUCAAGACUCAGGCAGGUGGCCUCGGCAUCAGCGGGUUCACCAACGGGCUUGGUGAGGCAGCGGCAGGCCCUUCCCAACACCAGGGUGUAUUCCUGCCCCCAUCCCCAGCAGCAGCAAAGGAGCCAGGCGUGGAAGACAUGGGAAUGGUGGCCCUGGCCCCUCUGGCUGACAUGCUGAACAGCCCACAGCUCAGUUCUGCAGCAGGCUCCCUUAUCAACCCCCUGGCGGCCCCUCUCAACCCGCUGCUGUCGGGCCAAAUGCCCUUGACCCAGAGCAGUCAGUUUGCUAGUCUUGUGUCAUGCCCUCUGAGCAGUCACCUGACCAAUCCUCUUGCCGUCUCUCCAGGGGCCACCUUGGCCAGCUCUCUGGGCUUGCCCGCGACUGGACCCCUGAGCAGUCACUUGGGCAGUCCCAUGGCUGUACCCCCUGGGACCAGUCUGGCCAGCUCACUGGGCCUGACCUCCACUGGCUCCCUGACGACAAACAGCCGGCUGGCAGGCCCCCUGGCCGUAUCUCAGAGCAGCCCCCUCAUGGCUCCCCUCGCAGGCACAGUGGCAGUCUCUCUGAGCAGUCCCCUGCUCUCCUCCACGGCUACCCCUCUAGGUGUUUCUCAGAACAUACUGCCCAACCCCAUAAACAACCUAGCGCUGUCAGAGGCCCCAAGGGUGCGGCUAGCAGAGCCAACCCGAGGAAGCCUCUCAGGAGCCUCAGCCGGUGCUGGGCCAGCCACCGCCUCCAAAGGUAAUUGGUACAGGGUGGGGCAGCAGGGCACCCCGGGUAGGCCAGCUCCUGCUCCCAUCCUGCCUCACUCUAACCCCUCCUCUCAUUUCCACUCCUCCACAUCACCAGUCACCGGUGAGCACCCCCAGCCGACCCAGGACUCAGAGCCCCUCAACAUGAUGUUUGUGGGUGCACCCCUCCAGACCUCCACCCCCAUGAGCACCAUGGCCACAUCCAGUCCCACAACAAAUUUCUAUGCCGCCACGGAUACUCGGACCCAAACUGGUGUUCUCCAGGGACAAAUUACCCUCACUUCUGUCCCAAACUCCCCAACAGGCUCUCCUGCUUGCACAGUCCCUAAUUCUUCCCCCACACCUGCCCCCCAAGGAGCUGGAAACUAUUCCCCUUCAAGAAACUCCCCCACCAGGGUUCACCAGUCCCCUACCCGGCCUGUACCCAACCCCCAUUCUCCUCCACGCAACCCCCACUCCCCGCCCCGCACCUCAUCCUCUCCGGCUUCAGUCAAUGACACCCGCGGUUCACGCGCCGUGGAACAGUCUCGGAAGAGUAUCCUGGAGAUAGAGCGGAAGAUGGCCCACCGCAAGUCUAACAAGUUCCCUGACAGUCCCCGAGACUCAAAGCAGCUAGCCUGGGAGCGGCUAGUGGGGGAGAUCGCCUUCCAGCUAGACCGAAGAAUCCUGUCCAGCAUCUUCCCAGAGCGCGUGCGCCUCUAUGGCUUCACUGUCUCCAACAUUCCAGAGAAGAUCAUCCAGGCCUCCCUAAACCCCAGUAACCACAAGCUGGAUGAGGACCUAUGCCAGACACUCACACAGCGCUAUGUGAGCAUCAUGAACAGACUGCAGAGUCUGGGCUACAAUGGACGGGUGCAUCCGGCGCUGACGGAGCAGCUGGUGAAUGCAUACGGCAUCUUGCGCGAGCGGCCUGAGCUGGCAGCGUCUGAAGGUGGCUCCUACACUGUGGACUUCUUGCAGCGUGUGCUGGUGGAAACGGUGCACCCCAGCAUGCUCACUGAUGCUCUCCUGCUGCUCUCCUGCCUUAACCAGCUGGCCCAUGAUGACGGCAAACCCAUGUUCAUCUGCUCGUGCGGACUCUCAGGAUACCAACUCUCACGCUGGGAAGGAAUGAGUCUCCCUGACGUUUCUCAGCGAAGGAGUUCUGUGCGCCAUGAUCCCUCACUCGACUGGCCCCCAACACCCGACGCCCUGAGGCCUUCACCCUUCCCGCACCCCGCGCUACAAGCCCUCAACAGCUUAUGCCUCAUGCUGCUCUUCCCAGCCUACUGGUCUCUGGACCAGUUGCUGGGCUGCUGGGCACCAAUGGCGCGAUCCAGCAGCUUGGGGUGGCUCAAAGUCCUGGCAGGAAGUGGGGCGGCGUUGCUAUCGCUGAUGGUAGUUGGCCUACCCCUGGCGAUGUUUGCCCUUGUGCUCUGGCUGCCCCUACAGGUCUGCCGCCGCCCCUUCUGCUAUCUGCCCCCUCCGGCCUGCUGGGUGUGGCCCCAGCCCUGGCACCCGCCUGCUGAGCGCGUGCGCUGCUUUGUCUUUUUCACUGCCAAUCUGUGCCUGCUCCCUGAUGGGCUGGCACGCUUCAGCAACCUGUCGCACAGCCAGCAGCGUGCAGAGGCCAUUGGCGCUACACUGCUAAGUGGCCUUCGAACCUCACACUAUGGGGCUACCGGAUGCAGCCAGCCGCUGUCUGAGGUGCCUGGUGGUGUGCUGAGGGCCACAAUACCCACGGGUUUGGACUUCGUGUGCCUGCAGGAAGUGUUCGAUCUCCGCGCAGCUCGUCGCCUUGUGCGCGCCUUGGGGCCAAAUCUGGGCCCAGUGCUAUACGAUGUGGGCACAUUUGGCUUACUGCCCGGGCCGUACUUCAAGGUACUGGGCAGUGGGCUUCUACUAGCCUCCCGCUACCCGCUGCUGCGUGCCACCUUCCGUUGCUUUCCUGAUGCUCGUCGCGAGGACGCCAUGGCCUCUAAAGGUCUACUGUCUGCCCAGGCACAACUGGGCAUCCUGGACGGGCGCCGUAUCGUGGGAUACCUUCAUUGCACACACUUGCAGGCACCCGCUGAAGACGGGCAUGUUCGCUGCAAACAGAUGACGCUGCUGCUGGAAUGGGUGGAGGAGUUUGAGGCUGAGAGCCGCCAUAGUGGUGAGGCUGUAGCCUUCAGCGUCCUCCUAGGAGACCUAAACUUUGACAACAGCUCACGAGGUGAGAAACUGGCGCGGGUGGGGCGGAGAGACCCAGCUCUGCCUGCUAAGAAACGGUUUUCCUCUACAGAUCACGCAAAGGAGCAGGGCCACAAACUCUUCAGCUGCUUCCAGGACCCCUGCCGGCUAGGCACCCGCCAGGAGCAGCCCUGGGCCUUGGGGACGAUUUUGAGCACUUCCAUGCUACACCAUGCCAUUGCCAGCUCCCCAGAGAUGCUUCGGAGGGCCCUGGAGCAGGAAAAAGGGCGCCGCCUCUACCUGGCAGGAAGUAGAAGUCACUCCAGUAAAUCCUGGCAGGGCCGGCGCCUGGACUAUAUCACCUACCGCGGAAUACCAGGGAGUCGCCUGAGUCCAGAGGUGGAGCAGGUGACUUUCAGUACUGCACUGGCUGGGCUCACGGACCACUUAGCUGUGGGCCUGAAGCUUCAAGUUGUGUGCUCCUGACUGAAGCUGGCACACAAAGUGAUGACCGGCAAGAAAGACCACCAUGAGGAGCCAAUCCCGAUAACCGUGCACCUCAAAGGAUCUUUAUUGUGAGGCACUCACACAGCUU